CUCUCUCUCUCUCUCUCUCUCUCUCUGUGUGUGUGUGUCUCUGUCUCGGGUGGGGGAGGGAGGGUGGUGACAAGUUAGAAGCGCUUGCGGCAGGUCCCCGCCCCCAGGACCGGGCUCCCCCUGCAAAGGAAGAUGCAAAGGUAGAAGCACCUCGCUCCGCAGCAUCCAGACCUGGAGGGGCUGCUUCCGCCUGCCUAGCCCACCUAUUCCCCAGCCAGAAGACGGGCUCGCCGCUCUCCAUGGUACUGCGGAGAUCUCAGCUCCGCCCUUCUCUUUCAGAAGGACAGCACCCGGCGUCACGUAACCCAGCCUUCUCGGGCUCCACCACCGCCUCUUCCUUCCCAGCUUUUUCCCUCUCCUCCUCCUCCUUCUUUUCCUCCUCCUCCUCCUCCUCCUCCUCCUCCUCCUCCUCCUCCUCCUGCUCCCCUCCGUUGCAUGUUCUCCCCUCCCGCACUCCUGGAGAUAGACGCUCAAGCCUGACGCCUCUGAAAAGGCAGCAGCAGUCGCCUUAUCCGUAGACCUCAGGAAAUUCUCUUUGACCGAUGCAUGCUUCAGGCUCUGGCUCGAGCUAAGGGGAAUAACCGGGCAGAUUUCUGGGUCCUUAUAAAAGGACCAUAUAAAACCAAAAUGCAUCGCCAUCACACAACCAAUUGAUAUGCUGGCAUCUUAGCUUGGCCUUGCUGAGGCGGAGGAAAAAGAAGAGGAGCUGUUGUAAUUUCCACAUCUAACAGCUUCUGGCUGUUUCACAACUUGUGGGUUUGAGGCCUGUUCUUGGGGAGGUUUAAAAGAGAAGUGCAAUCUAGCCUGGCAGGCCAUGCACAAGGAAUUUGGCUUAGGCUGCAGUGGUGCUGGAAGUCCUUGAUAUGACAGAAGAAGCAGGUCUUUGAAGCUACUUUGGGGUUAAUAAGUGGUGCCCUCAAGAGGCAAAGAAUCCCCCUCUCCGUUCUGGUUUGGGACACUGCAUCUGGAAGGGAAACACUGAGGCAGUCACAAGCAUCCAAGGAUAUUGGUUCAUUGCCUGCUUCUUGCGAUUCCUUGAGAAAGGUGGGUGCUUCUCAUUGACUGUAACUGCUUCCCUUUUGUCUGGUACCACACUGGAGGUACCUGACAUUUGGAGGAGUGAAGUAUCUGUCAACACCAUAGAUGCCCUUAAUCUAGAUCACCUGCUGCAAAUGGAUCAGUGAUUUUCCUUGAUCUUCUGUUGACGCUUUUUUCAGAACGUUGCCUCCAAAGUGUAUCCUCCCUUUGGUCUGGAAGUUCUGUUGCUGCCCUGUACCACUGGGGUCUACGUUUUCCAGUCGGAAGGGGACUAUAAGGAGAAAGGUAAGGGUUGUUGGAAGAGGAGAAGAAGAAAAAAAAGAGCUAGUGGAGGGCGCAACGCUCCCACUCCGGCCUAUACCCUUGCCCUACUUGCCCUUGGGACCCUUAUUUCUUCAUCACGGUGUCCAGGACCAUUUUGACCCUGUCGGCCCCGGCACCCCCCCGCCGCACCCCAGCCCCGAGCAUGGGGACGGCGCUUCUCCAGCGCGGGGGUUGCUUUCUGCUAUGCCUCUCGCUGCUGCUCCUGGGCUGCUGGGCAGAGUUGGGCAGCGGGCUGGAGUUCCCGGGCGCUGAGGGCCAGUGGACGCGCUUCCCCAAGUGGAAUGCCUGCUGCGAGAGCGAGAUGAGCUUCCAGCUCAAGACGCGCAGCGCCCGCGGCCUGGUCCUCUACUUCGACGACGAGGGCUUCUGCGACUUUCUGGAGUUGAUCCUCACCCGUGGUGGCCGCCUGCAGCUCAGCUUCUCCAUUUUCUGUGCCGAGCCUGCCACGCUACUGGCCGACACUCCGGUCAACGACGGCGCCUGGCACAACGUGCGCAUCCGUCGCCAAUUCCGAAACACCACGCUCUUCAUCGACCAGGUGGAGGCAAAGUGGGUGGAAGUGAAGUCCAAGCGCAGGGACAUGACGGUGUUCAGUGGCCUCUUCGUGGGUGGACUGCCCCCGGAACUGCGGGCCGCGGCACUCAAGCUCACAUUGGCUUCGGUGAGGGAGCGCGAGCCCUUCAAAGGGUGGAUUCGCGACGUGAGGGUCAAUUCCUCCCAGGCCCUGCCAGUGGACAGUGGGGAGGUGAAGCUGGACGAUGAACCGCCCAACAGCGGCGGUGGGAGCCCGUGCGAGGCUGGCGAGGAGGGCGAGGGCGGGGUGUGCCUCAAUGGAGGCGUGUGCUCCGUGGUGGACGACCAGGCGGUGUGCGACUGCUCGAGGACCGGCUUCCGUGGCAAGGACUGCAGCCAAGAAGACAACAAUGUGGAAGGUCUGGCGCACCUGAUGAUGGGCGACCAAGGUAAAAGUAAAGGAAAAGAAGAAUACAUUGCCACUUUCAAGGGAUCUGAAUACUUCUGCUACGACUUGUCUCAAAACCCCAUUCAAAGCAGCAGCGAUGAAAUAACUCUGUCCUUUAAAACCCUUCAGAGGAAUGGACUCAUGCUUCACACCGGGAAAUCAGCAGAUUAUGUCAAUCUUGCCCUGAAAAAUGGAGCUGUCUCUCUGGUCAUUAAUUUGGGAUCAGGGGCCUUUGAAGCACUAGUGGAGCCCGUGAAUGGAAAGUUUAAUGAUAAUGCCUGGCAUGAUGUGAAAGUCACCAGGAAUCUGCGUCAGCACUCAGGCAUUGGACACGCUAUGGUGACAAUAUCUGUGGAUGGGAUUCUUACCACAACGGGCUACACGCAAGAAGAUUAUACCAUGCUGGGUUCUGAUGACUUUUUCUAUGUUGGAGGCAGUCCCAGCACAGCCGACCUCCCAGGGUCACCAGUCAGUAACAACUUUAUGGGCUGUCUCAAAGAGGUUGUAUAUAAAAAUAAUGAUGUAAGGCUGGAAUUAUCUCGACUUGCCAAGCAAGGAGAUCCCAAGAUGAAGAUCCAUGGAGUGGUGGCAUUUAAAUGUGAAAAUGUCGCAACUUUGGACCCAAUCACUUUUGAAACUCCAGAGUCUUUUAUCUCUUUGCCUAAAUGGAAUGCAAAGAAAACAGGCUCCAUAUCCUUUGAUUUCCGUACAACAGAGCCAAAUGGCCUCAUUUUAUUCAGUCAUGGCAAGCCAAGACAUCAAAAAGAUGCCAAGCACCCACAGAUGAUAAAGGUUGACUUCUUUGCCAUUGAGAUGCUGGAUGGCCACCUCUACCUCCUCCUGGACAUGGGGUCAGGUACCAUAAAAAUAAAAGCCCUGCAGAAGAAAGUGAAUGAUGGAGAAUGGUAUCAUGUAGACUUCCAGAGAGAUGGACGGUCAGGUACCAUUUCUGUCAACACACUGCGCACGCCCUACACUGCUCCUGGAGAGAGUGAGAUCUUGGACUUGGAUGAUGAGUUGUACCUGGGGGGCUUACCAGAAAAUAAGGCUGGCCUUGUGUUCCCCACCGAGGUGUGGACUGCUCUGCUCAACUAUGGCUACGUGGGCUGCAUCAGGGAUUUGUUCAUUGAUGGCCAAAGCAAAGAUAUCCGGCAAAUGGCUGAAGUUCAAAGCACUGCUGGAGUGAAGCCCUCCUGCUCCAGGGAAACAGCAAAACCGUGCCUUAGCAAUCCUUGCAAAAAUAAUGGCAUGUGCAGGGAUGGGUGGAACAGAUAUGUCUGUGAUUGUUCCGGAACAGGCUAUCUUGGCAGGUCCUGUGAGAGAGAGGCCACGGUUUUGAGCUAUGACGGGAGUAUGUUUAUGAAAAUCCAACUCCCGGUGGUGAUGCACACGGAAGCAGAGGACGUGUCCUUACGGUUCCGGUCCCAGCGUGCCUAUGGCAUUCUGAUGGCGACCACGUCCAGAGACUCCGCAGACACCCUCCGCCUGGAGCUGGACGCGGGGCGCGUGAAACUGACGGUCAAUCUAGAUUGUAUCAGGAUUAACUGUAAUUCCAGCAAAGGUCCCGAGACCCUUUUUGCUGGCUAUAACCUCAAUGAUAAUGAGUGGCACACUGUGCGUGUGGUUCGCCGAGGAAAAAGUUUGAAGUUAACGGUGGAUGAUCAACAGGCCAUGACAGGUCAAAUGGCAGGUGACCAUACAAGGCUGGAGUUCCAUAACAUAGAGACUGGCAUCAUCACAGAACGUCGGUAUCUUUCUUCUGUCCCCUCCAACUUCAUUGGACACCUGCAGAGCCUGACCUUUAAUGGAAUGGCAUACAUUGACUUAUGUAAAAAUGGUGACAUCGAUUAUUGUGAGCUCAAUGCCAGAUUUGGCUUCAGGAACAUCAUAGCAGACCCUGUCACAUUCAAGACCAAAUCGAGCUACGUUGCCUUAGCUACCCUGCAGGCCUACACUUCUAUGCAUCUUUUCUUCCAGUUCAAGACUACAUCCCUUGAUGGGCUAAUUCUAUAUAACAGUGGGGAUGGAAAUGACUUUAUCGUAGUUGAAUUAGUUAAAGGGUACUUACAUUAUGUGUUUGAUUUGGGAAAUGGUGCUAACCUCAUCAAAGGGAGUUCUAAUAAACCACUCAAUGACAAUCAGUGGCACAACGUGAUGAUAUCAAGGGACACCAGCAAUCUCCACACUGUAAAGAUUGACACAAAAAUCACAACACAGAUCACCGCAGGAGCCAGGAAUUUAGACCUCAAGAGUGACUUGUAUAUAGGAGGAGUGGCUAAAGAAACAUACAAAUCCUUGCCAAAACUCGUCCAUGCCAAGGAAGGCUUUCAAGGCUGCCUGGCAUCGGUUGAUUUAAAUGGACGGCUUCCGGACCUCAUCUCAGAUGCUCUUUUCUGCAAUGGACAGAUUGAGAGAGGAUGUGAAGGGCCCAGCACAACCUGCCAAGAGGACUCGUGUUCCAAUCAAGGUGUCUGCUUACAGCAGUGGGAUGGCUUCAGCUGUGACUGUAGCAUGACUUCCUUCAGUGGGCCACUCUGCAAUGACCCUGGGACAACGUAUAUCUUUAGCAAAGGUGGAGGACAAAUCACGUAUAAGUGGCCUCCUAAUGACCGGCCAAGUACAAGAGCAGACAGACUGGCCAUAGGGUUUAGUACUGUUCAGAAAGAAGCAGUCCUGGUACGAGUGGACAGUUCUUCAGGCUUGGGGGACUACCUAGAACUGCAUAUACACCAAGGAAAAAUUGGAGUUAAGUUUAAUGUCGGGACGGAUGACAUCGCUAUUGAAGAGUCCAAUGCAAUCAUUAAUGAUGGGAAGUACCAUGUGGUCCGAUUCACGAGGAGUGGUGGCAAUGCCACGUUACAGGUGGACAGCUGGCCAGUGAUCGAGCGCUACCCAGCAGGAAACAAUGAUAACGAGCGCCUGGCGAUUGCUAGACAGCGAAUUCCAUAUCGACUUGGUCGAGUAGUUGAUGAAUGGCUACUCGACAAAGGGCGUCAGCUCACAAUCUUCAAUAGCCAAGCAACCAUAAUAAUUGGCGGGAAAGAGCAGGGCCAGCCCUUCCAGGGCCAGCUCUCUGGGCUUUACUACAAUGGCUUGAAAGUUCUGAAUAUGGCAGCCGAAAACGAUGCCAACAUCGCCAUAGUGGGAAAUGUGAGACUGGUUGGUGAAGUGCCUUCCUCUAUGACAACUGAGUCGACAGCCACUGCCAUGCAGUCAGAGAUGUCCACAUCAAUUAUGGAGACCACCACGACCCUGGCGACUAGCACGGCUAGAAGAGGAAAGCCACCUACGAAAGAACCCAUCAGCCAGACCACAGAUGACAUCCUUGUGGCCUCAGCAGAGUGUCCCAGCGAUGAUGAGGACAUUGACCCCUGUGAGCCGAGCUCAGGUGGGUUAGCCAACCCCACCCGAGUAGGAGGGAGAGAGCCGUACCCAGGCUCUGCAGAAGUCAUCCGGGAGUCCAGCAGUACCACGGGAAUGGUCGUCGGGAUAGUAGCUGCAGCUGCCCUAUGCAUCCUCAUCCUUCUCUAUGCCAUGUACAAGUACAGGAACCGGGAUGAAGGCUCAUACCAUGUGGAUGAGAGUCGAAACUACAUCAGUAACUCAGCACAGUCUAACGGGGCUGUGGUAAAGGAGAAACAACCCAGCAGUGCGAAAAGCGCCAACAAAAAUAAGAAAAACAAGGAUAAAGAGUAUUACGUCUGAUCCCAAGAUCUUAAAAGGACACUUGUAUAGAAAUAGUCUUCAUUUUAUCUGAGACAUAAUAUAAACUUAUUUACUUUCCUUUUUAUGAAGCACAUACAAAAGAAGACAGGGAAUGCAAUCAGGAAGGAAAGACUGUUUUUAAAAAAACAAAAACAAAAACAAAACAAGUAUCUCAUGCUCUUGUUUCUCAAAAAACAAAACAAAAAAAAAAAAAGGAAAAAAAAAAAAAAAAAACAGGGGCCAAUAAAUUCCCUAACAUCCGCAGUGUUUUCAUUUACUCUGCCUGUCUUUAUGUUGCUGGAACAUUUCUAAAAGACAGUGAUGACCGCACGCAUUCAUAAAGCAAAGGAGUAUUACAAAAUCAAGGCACAACACAAAAACAACACAAAACAUAACACACAAAAAAAGAAGCUACCUAUGAUCCUGGAUUUAGCCAAAGUGCUAGCGCUUUCCUGAGAAGUCAGUUAGUCCCAUUGCCAGAGAAGACUGUCAUUUUGAGUGACUCAACCUGCAAUCCUUUAAGAGUUUGCCGCCUGGUGCAACUGGAGCAGUGGUUGGAACUUGCAUUUGAAACAAAGUGCUGGCUUUUUUGAAGACUUGUGUAGGAACACAUUCAAAAAGCCCCUUUCUGGUUGUAAGAGAAAAAAAAAUACGGAGGCCUUAUUUUCAAAAAUGUGAAAUAUAAGGCACAUUUUCACACUCAAAUUUCAAAAGAAAAACAAGAGGGCAUAGAUGCAAUCAUUGGGAAAUUUUCAUGCACGCUUACUAUGUUAUUACAUAUGUUUAU